AGACAGUUAUAAAUUAAAACAGAUUUAGAGAAUCUGGAAAUUUCCUUAAAUGCAUUCCUUUCCUUUCCCGCCUCCAAAAAUGGUUCCCACGUUAUGCAAACGUUUCUUAUAUAUUCCCACUACUUGAACGUUUUUCAUCUCAAGAGAAGAAAAAAUAUUUUAUUCCAUAAGUUAAAAAAUGUCGUCGUAUUAUCUUAAGCUGAUUCUCUUCCUAUGGCGGCUGAUGGUUUUUCUGGCCGUGGACUGCGGCGGUGCUUCCACUAGAACAGCCAGACUGGCGGAGUUUUACGACAACUACACGACGGUGCGGGUGGAUCCGACGGGGCGGGGGGAUUUCCGAACUAUCCAGUCCGCCAUUGAUGCAGUGCCGCCGGCUAACAAAGACUGGAUCUGCAUUUACGUCAAAGCAGGCACUUACAUAGAGCAGGUCACAAUUCCUCCGGAGAAGUCCUUUAUUUACCUCAAGGGAGAAGGGAAAAGGAAAACAAAUGUGAUGUGGGACUCUCAUGACACCAUUCAAAGUGCUACCUUUUCAACCUACGCAGACAAUAUCAUUGUCAAAAGCAUGACAUUCAUAAACUCAUAUAACUUCCCGCCGGAAAACACCACGCAUCCAAGGAAGGUGGCUGUGGCGGCUUUGGUGAUGGGUGACAACACGGCGUUUUAUAGGUGUGGUUUUAAAGGGUGGCAAGAUACCCUGUGGGAUGUUCAAGGUCAUCACUUUUUCAAGCUUUGCACCAUUAAUGGAGCAGUUGACUUCAUCUUCGGUAAUGCUAAAUCUAUUUUCGAGAAAUGUUCUAUAGCAGUGAAUGCAGAAAGACUAGAAUCAGGACUAGUAGGCUACAUCACAGCACAGGGAAGGGAUAAUCCUGAAGAUGAGAGCGCAUUUGUUUUCAAGGAGUGCCGUGUGUUUGGAACUGGAAAAGCCUUCUUGGGAAGGCCAUGGAGGGCCUAUGCAAGAGUUAUUUUCUACAACACUUUUAUGGACAAUAUCAUUGUUCCUGAAGGAUGGACCAAUUCCCUUGGUUUCAAUGUCAAUUUGGAUAAGUUGACCUUUGAGGAGCAUGGGUGUAGUGGACCAGGGUCAGACAAAUCAAAACGAGUUGACUGGAUUGCCAAAAUGAACGAGGAAGAAUUACUCAGUUUCACAAGCUUAUCAUUCAUCAACAAUCAAGGCUGGCUUUACAGGCAACCCCUCAGCAGGCUCUUGGAGUGAUAGAUUAUUAAGCAAUAGACUUUAAUAUAGAGUCCGCAGUACGUCCUUUGUCUAAUUUUGUUGUAGACUCUAGAUAUAUACUUUGUCUACUACAUUCUUUAA